GAGUGACUAAAAGUACCUAAUGCAGCAGUAAUUUAGGCAGGAGCCUGUGAAAGUCUACUUGCCUUCAUUGGGCAAUGACUGGCAGCACUCUACUGCCCUCAAUGUCUCCAUGAAUAUUGCGCAAAGGACCGUCCACUGGGUCACUGGCGCAUUGAAAUCCCCGCCACGUGUGCAAAGGCUUAGCAUUGGCAACAAACACUUGUUGCAAAUACGAUACUAUAAAGUCUACCGCCGGCAGCCCCCUGCGCUCGACGACGAACCCGAAGUAAUCCUAGCACCAUUCAAGGCAUCGUACGCCUUCGGUGAUCCUACGGAAGCCCCCUCGUGGCUCGCCAUCGCGCGCGUCAAGUCGAAAGGCCGUAGUCAGCACAAGCGGACGCAGACCGAUAAUUCUCCAUACGAAGCAAGCAUGUACUCCAAGGCAGAUAUUGUCUGGGCCCCGACGGCCGACACUGCAGGGUCAGCGAUAUGGCUGCACUGCGAUACGCGCCGCUACUUGAUUGGAAGAAUCCCUGAGGGCACUCAGCGUGUGCUUGCCGAUAGGAACAAUGACAGAUCCAUGAUCAAGCUCGAGGAAAUCAUGGUCACUGGCACCAUCGGUUCCGAAACAUGCGGCGGCCUCAUGGGCAUGGCGCUCACACUGGCGGCUUCCAAAGCGAUGGCUUCAAAGGACAGUGCUUCCAGAGGCAAAAAGACCGACACAAAACCCUCAAAGUUGACCAAGUUGUGGUUGCGCGGGGGCAGGAACUUGCCAUACUAUCUUGCCCUGGGUCGCAGCUUCAUAUUGCGCCAAAAAAUGCCCCUGGAUGUGAACGAGAUUCUGGCCGACCCGAGGCUAGACGAUCCGAGCAAUUCCGAACAUGACUGGGAGGACGAAAACAUUCGUGUGUGGCACGUUCCAUUAUCGGCCAACACAAGCCACUCCCCUGGCGGCAGAAAGCGGGCCAAGGUCAGUCACGAUGAUCGCGAGCCUGGGCCCGGGAUGCUCAGUGAAACAGACCAGGAGCUUGUCAAGUCGGUGCUCAUGACCAUGUUUGAGACUGAUUGGCGGCUGGAUGGUCUUGUCGAGACAAAUCUGUCCCAGGCCAGCAGGGACGCCACUCUAUAUGUACGCAAGAAUGGCAGCUUGGAGGAAUACCGCGGUCCUAUGCCCGGGGGCUCGGAACCCGUUCCAGAUAUAACCGUUUUGACCAGGAGGAAUUGGUCCGCAAGCCAGAUACGGAAUCUCCCCAAAACUACUCCUUCGAGUACCUCAAUGUGCUACAUAGUUAGACUACAGUCGCGCCGUGGCAAGUUUGACACUGCAGCCGCCGAAAGACUUGGGCUCGAAAAGAAGCUAAGAGGUCGAGUGUGCAUGGGCGAGUCGGUCACCACAGCCUCUGGAAAAGUGAUCACGCCCGAAAUGGUCAUGGCGCCGCCUGUUCCCGGUGUGGGCUUUGCUGUGAUUGACGUUCCCUCGGCUGAUUACGUCGAGUCCUUGAUAUCGAGGCCAGAAUGGGACAAUGAAAAAAUAAUGAGUGACAUAGUCGCCAUCUACUGGAUACUUGGCAAAGGCCUGGCAGCCGAUGAGAGGAUCUUGGCCUUCAUGAGAAAGCACAGUGGCCUGAGACACACCGUCUCGUCGCUGGAUGUUUGUGCGAACCAUGUCGUCUUUGAGGCUUCGACCAAAGGCAUGAUUAGGCAUAACUAUCUAGACAAGAAGCGUUUCCCUUUACCCGUAUUCGACAACGCUGGGCCGAUGAGCAAUUUGUCGUCAAAACCCUUUGUGCCAGCGAAACCUGAAGUAAGAUUAGAGCUGGCCCCCAGGCAAGUAUUUCAAGACGACAGAGCACAGCCACUGCUGGAUACCAACGCCAAAGAGCUCCAACCCACUUCUGCAGUAAAACAACUCGUCGCGACCGCUCGCGAGACCGUCGAGAAGCAAGAGUUUCAGCUCCUUGUCCAAGCGGACAACAAAAACCUGCCUUGCCCAAAUACCGAAGUGAUUGCUCUCGGGACUGGCUCCUCGUUGCCGUCCGUCUAUCGCAACGUUUCAGCCACUCUUCUGCGCGUCCCAGGCGCCGGAAACUAUCUGUUCGACUGCGGAGAAGGUACGCUAGGCCAGCUCCGUCGUCACUAUGGCAUCGAGGAGGCCGACGAGAUACUGCGCGACCUGCGUGUUGUCUGGCUUAGCCAUCCUCACGCAGACCACCACCUUGGCACCGCAAGGCUUCUCCAGGCAUGGGAUGCAGCCACCUCGUCUCUCAGUGCAACCACAUCAUCAGGAACGCCCCCUUUCCUCACGGUGGCCGGGCCUACGGGCCUCAUGAACUACAUCAGAGAAUAUCAAAACGUCGAGUAUAUUAGCAACCGUCUGAUCCUCAGAGGCGUGGCGAGGCCGAACAAAACAACCCGCAUUGCGGAGCCCAUCACAUUCAGUGAGACUCAACAAGCCGACCUCGGCGGCCUCACGCGAAUAGAUGUGGCCAAGACCGACCACUGCUUCGACUCGUUUGCCACCGUCUUCACAUGGGAGAAGACAGGCCUGAAGGUGGCCUACUCGGGCGACUGCCGCCCAUCGGAAGAAUUCGUCCAAAUAGGGCAGGGCGCGACGCUGCUCAUCCACGAAGCGACCUUUGAGAACGAAAAGCUGGUCGACGCCAUGGCCAAGAAGCACAGCACCAUGGGCGAGGCUAUGCUCGUGGCGAGGCGCAUGAAGGCGCGCAGGGUGCUGAUGACGCACUUUUCACAACGCUACACGUCCAUUCCCAGAGACAUGGCAAAACGAGACAGCGCUGACGGGGGCAUGAUUGUUCUGUUCGCGUUUGAUCACAUGAGGGCCAAGCUCGGCGAGUUCACCGAGGCGGUGGAGUUUUUGCCGGCGAUGCAGAAGAUGUACGAUACCGUAUUGGCAAAAGAGGGCGAUGAUUCCGGCACCAGCGUUCCUGAUCUGGCUGCGGGACAAGUAGGUGAAGAGUUGGCACACGAGGAUGUGGAUGUUGCUGUUUAAUCUGCUCUGUCGGCACAGUCUUGUUCUAGACGAUCAAACAACGGAACAUUUUGGUUGCGAUUUGUCAUGCACAGCUUCCUCCCGGUAGUAACGCCCGUCUUGAUCUGGGAGUCCCGAUGUUUUUUUUACAGCUGAGACAAUGUAAAAAUAUAAAAUAGCAUAUACAAGGAAUGGGAGGAUAGACGGGUACAUUUUUUUACCCAUAAAACUCAUUUCGAUUUAUCUUGGUCGUUGAAAAGCCUAGACAUACUGGCGAUAGACAUCCUGUUUCCCCCGUCUCUCGCAUUCCAGAUACAUCC